CCUCGCCUCGCCCCCGUUCGACACGUUCAAUGACUCCCGUAGCCAGCGGCCAAAACUUUCACAGCGACUCCCCGUAGCCGCCGCCGCCGUCGUAUGACUCAUCCCUCUCCAGGUUCUCCUCCACCCUAGCCAACCCUCUGAGCAAGCCCGCCGCCGCGCCCACCGCCAGCCCUGUCGCCAUUCCCAUCUUGUUCUUCUUCUUCUUCCCGCCGGCACCAACGGCGCCGGUUCCGUACCCGGCGGUGGCAGCGAGCUCCCCUCCCUUUCGCCUUCCAGCUCUCACCCGGCUGCCACCGCUCCACCGCUCCCUUUCGCCACCGCUCCACCAACCAAGCCGUCGUGCGCCGUGCAGGGGGCACCUACCUGGACGCCGGAACCCUAGGUCCCGCUCCAAGGGUGGACGCCGAAUCGUGGCUGGCCAUCUCGAGCGAAGUGAGCUUCCCAAGUCAGCCAUCUUCGUGACGCAGAAGGUACUAGAUCGAGAUGGGCAAAGCUUCUUUGCGACCUCUAUGUUGCCUCCAUCACAGAGGCCCUCCCGCCGUCCCCUCCUUCCGCUCUGCCGCCAUGGUUCCUUUGCUCCUCGCCUUCGCCCCAUGGGGCCGCGUCCCCUGCCCCACCAUGCUCCACGCCGCCGCCGGCCCAACGACAUGCCAGUGUGCCACCACCACCCCGCACAGCUCGCGUGUUGCCUGCCCCGCCCUGUCCUACUCCGUGCCGCCAUGGGUGUAGGGAGCUGUGCUGCUGUGAGAUCUUUCCGGGAGGUGGCGACCGUUGCUCCUCGCAUCAAGGGCAUUGCCGGCAUACCUUGGUUACAGGUACUUCUAUAUGUCAGCUUUGGAGCUGUGUUGCCCUGGUCCAUGGAAUUGCCAUCGACCAGAUCGGGGAGGGGGAACAAUAAAGAUGGAGGUUUUAGCAAACAUCAAUGUGAGCUUACAGUAAGAGGGCUCCUGACCUUAUUAUGACUUGGCUUGUAACCGAUUAUCUAUUAGCAGGUUUUAGCAAACAUCAAUGUGAGCUUACAGUAAGAAGGCUUCUGAUUCGAUGGGCCCUAGGAGGGAUGUAAACCGCUGCUAGCAAGGUCAAAACUGCCACACAAGUGCAGGAGAAAGGGAGGGUGGCCGUAACAUAUGGCUUCUGGAGGAGGGCGACAUCAGUAGUUUGAGAAGCCAAGCUCCCAGAAUGUAUGUUUGUGAUUGCAAGAUCAAAGGAAAAACUUGAGUGGAAGCAUGGCAAGCACCAUGCGUGCUACAUAUUUGCAAAGCUGCUUUUUUUUCUUGCUUGCUUGAAAAAUGGCAAAAUAUAUAAGUAGCUUCUGGAAAUAGUUAUGAGAUUACAUCAGUAAUUUACUUUUUACAAUUAGAGUUAUCAUUUGAUCUCUUUAAA